GCAGGGCAGGAACGGCUCGCGCGUGGCGGCGGCGGCGGCAUGGGGGACAUGCUGGAGGAGCCGUGGUGGGAGGCUGUGUCUGCGGCAGGCAGCAGUCCAGAUCCUUCAGAUGAUCAAGCUCUUGAGAAAGCAAGUGGUAACAGGACAGCACCACAUCAAGAUUCAGGUUCCAAACCCACUGUGACAAAGAAAAGAAAGCAGCCUACAGAGUGUUUUCUAAGUCAGCCUGAAGAAAAACAAGAGAGGACUCUAAAGGCAAAGAGGAGAAAGAAGAAGAAAAUUUCUGAUAUUCUGGAGAAAUCUGCUCUAAAACCUGGUGUGCCUGCAGAUCUACAAAACCUGCUAAGUCAACAUUUUGGUGAAAACCGUUCCGUGAUUGAAAUAGAGGAAUUAAAGCUGUCAGAUUCCUGUUUUUUGCCAGCCAAUGAUCUCACCCACAGUUUUUCUUCAUACCUGAAGGAAAUCUGUCCUAAGUGGGCAAAACUCCGUAAAAACCACAAGGAGAAGAAGUCGGUGGUGAUGCUGGUUAUCUGCAGCUCGGCCCUUCGUUCCCUGGAACUCAUCAAGUCAAUGACAGCAUUUAAGGGAGACUGCAGAGUUCUCAAGUUGUUUGCAAAGCACAUAAAGAUAAAAGAACAGGUGACUAUGUUGGAGAAAGGUGUGUUCCACAUCGGGGUUGGAACUCCUGGGAGAGUAAAAGCGCUGAUGGAGCAAGAUGGCCUGUGCUUGAACUCCACAAAAUACAUGAUUCUGGAUUGGAACUGGAGAGAUCAGAAACUAAGGAGAAUGAUGGAUAUCCCUGAGAUAAAGAGAGAAACAAUUGACCUACUGGAGAUGAGUAUUAUAAAGCUGUGCAGAGAGGGGUCUAUGAAGCUGGGACUCUUUUAAUGUACCAACAAGGAAGUCAUUUGCAGCUGCAUUUUACUGUUAUGCUCCCUGCAACUGGCAAGUUAUUAACAGGUGAUGGAAUCAAGAAUUUUGACUUUUCAGAAGUCUUACCAAUACAGAAAGAAUGCACAUUGCAACUUUUUCUGAGUUUCCUUUUCUUUCAGUAAUGAAACAGAAGGUUUGUGUGUAGUUUUAGUAUGUUUUUUGUUGCAGGAACAAUGUGAUACUGAAAUUAGAGUUACAUUGCAUUUACCUGGUAGAUUUACUACUAUAUGUCACUUUUAAGACUUUGAAGAUGAGCAAACUUGGGUAUGAAAGUCCUUGUACAACUCCAUUUUCUGUUACCUCCCCCUGCUGUCCCAAAGGAGACAUUUACUUCUGUCAUGAUAGUAAUCUAGCUCUCACCCUUGAGGGUCUUUGAAAAAGUUGUAUGGAUUUCAAUAAUGUGUCGAAAAGGUAUUUUUCACCUAUUUCAUCUAUUAGCUGGCUGAAUGCUAUUUUUUGCUAUUAGAUGAUAAAUUAUCACUGUAUUAUAUCGAGGCUUUAUUUUGAUUUAAACUGUUGGAAUUGUGCAAAAAUUAUUCUUCUGUUUGUCCAUUUAAAUUAAAAGGAGAUGAUCGCUGGGUGA